GCUCUGUGCCCGAGGGGAGCUGUGCCAGGGCCAGCGGGGCUGAGCCGGGCGGUGCCAGGAGAAGCCCGCCGAUUGGAACUCAAGUCAUCAAGCGAGCGACCCGCCUAGUGCCUGUGGGUUCUUCGGAGACUAGGUCGCUUUCAAUCUUUGUUCCUGGCGGUCCUUACUUUUUGGGAGAUUGCUCCAGGUGAGGCAAGUCGCCACAUAGGAGGCGCGGGGCUGCCCGCGUGUUCGGGCUGCUUUGCGUGGUAUUCUGGCCCGUCUCGCAGCUGAGUGCGUGCCCACCUGGCCAGGGCGCUGCAGGCAGGUCGGCCUCUGAUGGGGAAAGAGUUCUGCUGGAUGGAAGAACCCUCUCCCCACGGGCAGGACUCCGCUUCCCGCGGGCACUUUUUCAAAGAUCCCGGCAUGCCUUCUGAGACACCCCAGGCGGAAGAGAGGGCUGCGGGGUGCCCCCGCCUCUCCGCGGCACACUUGCGGAAAGGCAGCCUGGAAAAGCGGCCUCCGGGGGACAAGGACACCAAGGAGCACCUGUGGAUCAGUCCUGACACCCCGAGCAGGUGCCUCUGGCAGCUGGGCAGGCCCGUCACCGACUCUCCACACCACCACACCACCUUGGCAAAAUCCCCCCAAAUCUUGCCAGAUAUCCUGAAGAAAAUUGGGGACACCCCCAUGGUGAGAAUCAACAAGAUCGGGAGACGCUUCGGUCUGAAGUGUGAGCUCCUGGCCAAGUGCGAGUUCUUCAACGCUGGCGGGAGCGUCAAGGACCGCAUCAGCCUUCGGAUGGUCGAGGACGCAGAGCGCGCUGGGACCCUGAAGCCUGGGGACACCAUCAUUGAGCCGACGUCGGGGAACACAGGGAUCGGGCUGGCCCUGGCCGCUGCCGUGAAGGGCUACCGCUGUAUCAUCGUGAUGCCGGAGAAGAUGAGCUCGGAGAAGGUGGAUGUCCUGAGGGCCCUGGGGGCCGAGAUCGUGAGGACGCCCACCAAUGCCAGGUUCGACUCCCCCGAGUCGCAUGUGGGAGUGGCCUGGAGGCUGAGGAAUGAGAUCCCCAAUUCUCACAUCCUGGACCAGUACCGCAAUGCUAGCAACCCCCUUGCUCACUACGACAUCACAGCCGAGGAGAUCCUGCUGCAGUGCAACGGGAAGCUGGACAUGCUGGUGGCCUCGGCGGGCACGGGCGGCACCAUCACGGGCAUUGCCAGGAAGCUGAAGGAGAAGUGCCCGGGAUGCAAGAUCAUCGGGGUGGACCCCGAAGGCUCCGUCCUCGCCGAGCCCGAGGAGCUGAACCAGACGGAGCAGACAGCCUACGAGGUGGAAGGCAUCGGCUAUGACUUCAUCCCCACCGUGCUGGACCGCUCGGUGGUGGACAAGUGGUUCAAGAGCAACGACGAGGAGGCCUUCGCCUUUGCGCGCAUGCUGAUCGCGCAGGAGGGGCUGCUGUGCGGUGGCAGUGCUGGCAGUGCCAUGUCCGUGGCCGUGAAGGCUGCCCAGGAGCUGCAAGAGGGUCAGCGCUGCGUGGUGAUCCUGCCAGACUCUGUGCGCAACUACAUGUCCAAGUUCCUGAGUGACAAGUGGAUGCUGCAGAAGGGCUUCAUGAAGGAGGAGGACCUCUCGGUGAAGAAGCCAUGGUGGUGGCAUCUCCGAGUUCAGGAGCUGAGCCUGUCGGCCCCGCUGACCGUGCUGCCCACGGUCACCUGCGAGCACACCAUCGAGAUCCUCCGGGAGAAGGGCUUCGACCAGGCGCCCGUGGUGGACGAGUCGGGGGUGGUCCUGGGGAUGGUGACUCUGGGGAACAUGCUGUCGUCCCUGCUCGCGGGGAAGAUUCAGCCGUCGGACCAAGUUCGCAAAGUCAUCUACAAGCAGUUCAAACAGAUCCGCCUGACAGACCCGCUGGGCAAGCUCUCCCACAUCCUGGAGAUGGACCACUUCGCCCUGGUGGUCCAUGAGCAGAUCCAGUACCACAGCCACGGGGAGUCCAGCAAGAGGCAGAUGGUGUUCGGGGUCGUCACGGCCAUUGACUUGCUCAACUUCGUGGCCGCCCGGGAGCGGAUCCAGAAGACGAAGCCAGGAAGUGCCCUGGAUGCCAGGGGCGCCGGGGCCGCGGCCCAGUCCUGAGCCUCCAGAAACACCACACACUCAUGUUCUGCCGCAGCCCGCGAGGGCCCCGCGCUCGCGGCAGGUAGCAGAGCGGGCGUAGGACGCGCACUGCUUUGCCCAGGCCAGCAGCAGCGGUGUCAUUUCUUCUCCGGUCAAUAACACUUGGCGGCCUUAAAGAAUCUAUUUAUGGUUUGUUCAAUGAGAUGGUUUUCUUUACCUUUCUCUGAAUGUUUCAUUGAGCACGUCCAUUAAAAGAGGACUCGGGGGGGGGGGGCGGAGCAUGUGGUGACGGGGGCGGGGGGAUUAAAGGCAGGGUCCAGAGUGGGGAGUGGGGAGCGCCAGAGUGGGGCUGGGGGCCGGGGCUCGGUCAGGCCCCGUCUCACGGCCGCCUUGUCCUCUUGGGGCCGGCUGGGUCCGAGUGGCUGGAGUGCUCGGGCGGGCGGGGGCUGGUUCAUUGAGGCGCAAUUGACAUGCACCUAAACCGAUCCACUUGAAAAUGUGUGAUUCAGGAGCGCUAUGACAUUGCCGGUGUGGCGCAGCCACCCCCCCGUCAGGUUCUCAAACAUUCCAUCCCCCAUUAAACGGUCGCUCACCGCACCCCCCCCACACCCCCACGCUAAUCUUUCUGUCCCCAUGGAUUUGCUUAUUUGGGAUACUUCCUAUAAAAAGAAUCGCACAACCUUGA